ACAAGCGCUCGAAUGUGGAAGUCGACAUCGCUACCAAAACGCACACACCUUUUCUCUCUAAACGAUUUCAUUUUGUAGUUUUUUUUAAAAAAUAUAGUCUACAUAGUCCUGUUUUUUUGUAUUUAUUUUUAAUUUGUAACACACGCCAAGAUGCAAGCGAUUAAAUGCGUUGUGGUAGGAGACGGAGCUGUGGGGAAAACCUGUCUGCUGAUCAGCUACACAACAAACGCCUUCCCAGGGGAAUACAUCCCUACUGUGUUUGAUAAUUACUCUGCCAAUGUGAUGGUGGACAGCAAGCCGGUGAAUCUGGGGCUCUGGGAUACAGCCGGGCAGGAGGACUACGACAGGCUACGGCCUCUCUCGUACCCGCAGACGGAUGUCUUCCUCAUCUGCUUCUCGCUGGUCAGCCCCGCCUCGUACGAGAACGUCCGAGCCAAGUGGUAUCCGGAGGUAAGGCACCACUGUCCCAGCACACCCAUCAUUCUCGUGGGCACCAAACUGGAUCUGAGAGACGAGAAAGAGACCAUCGAAAAACUGAAGGAGAAAAAGACGGCACCCAUAACCUACCCACAGGGCCUGGCCCUGGCAAAGGAGAUCGACGCUGUGAAGUAUCUGGAAUGCUCCGCUCUGACUCAGAGAGGUCUGAAGACCGUUUUUGAUGAAGCGAUCAGAGCCGUACUCUGCCCACAGCCAACCAAAGUGAAGAAGAGAGGAUGUCAAUUACUCUGAGGGUUGAAAUCUGGACAGCUGUGUGUGUGUGUGUUUCAGGAAACGAUAAGAUCCAGCACAUACGGAUAGUAAUUAGUUCUUUUAAUGCUUGAUAUAGAGAGAUAUGCGUUUGCAAUUCCCCCUCGUUAAUCAAAUUCUGACGCGUCCCUGAUUGGUCAAAGUUUCCAAUAACGGUAUUUCCAUUAAAACGAGUUCAGCUGAAGACGCUGUCUGUUAAGUUUGUUAGUUGAUUAAAGAACGGGCUUCAAUGAGAGCAGCUGAACAGAAAUUAAUAUCGCGAUGAUGAAGAUGAUGAAGAUAAUGAUGAAGAUGAUGAAGAUGAUUAUGAAGAUAAAGAUGACGAUGUUGAUGAUGAAGAUGAUGAAGAUGAUGAUGAUGUUGAUGGUGAUGAUGAUGAA